CAACAGGAUGAUAUGAUUACAUCAGCCUCUCUUAUGGGCUGGUAGUCACAUACAAUAAGCGUUCACUAUGUCAUUUCCUGAAAAUGUGUUUUGAAAAACUCCUGCUAAGAUCUGCAGAUUAAGCAAUAGGACGGAGAAAAGGAUCUGCGAGGAGCUCGUUUCUGAACAAGGAAUGGCUUUCUUUUUACUAUUCAGAUUCUGUCUUCUUUCUCUCACACAUUCAGCAGCAGGACUUCAGUCACCAGAUCCUUUGGGGAUGAUUGCCACACUAGGAAAUAGUAUCACUUUGCCAUGUGGCAUACCCUCCAUCACAUCGUGCUCCUCUGUGAUCUGGAGCAGGUUUGAUCCAGUCACAGAGCUGGUGAAGGCUGAACAGGUGACCGAUCCGUACGUCCGUAGACUCAGGCUGCAGAAGGACUGCUCUCUGCAGAUCAGUCUCAUGGAACUCCCUGAUGCUCAACUUUACUCCUGUAAAAGUGGAGCACUCUCUUCAAAUGCUUCCCUUAGGAUUCUUCAGAUUUCUGAAAAUUCAAAUUCAGCAGCUGACAAGAUAGAGCUUCACUGUUAUCUCAACACACAUCAAGGUUAUAAACCUUGUAACACCAGAGGAAUGAAUAUCACCUGGUCUACUGAAGACAACACACCUUUAAAUGGAAACAGGUUUCGAUCUGAAAAUAUCUCUGCAUGCUUCGGUAAGCUGAUCAUCAGAUACAAACUGACAGACCAUCACAGAAAAUGGAGAUGCCAAUUGAGUCUAAACGGCACAGUUAAAGCCAACGUCAGUUAUGCAACGACAGUAAAAGAUGGUGUAGAGGAAGUGUUUGCUGCAGUGGGUGAGUCAGUGUCACUCUCUUGUGGCAACACUUCCUCCCUCAGCAGAUUGAUGUGGAGGAUGGGGUCACAACCAGUGACAGCUAUGUCCCCUGAUAAAAAGCAAACAGAGGCAUCUCGUGAGAAUGAAAUCUCAUCACAUGGAAUUAUGAACGUGAGUCCUCUGCAUGCAGGGGAAUACCAAUGUUUAGCUGGUGGUCAGGUUUUGAAUAAAAUCUGGCUGUAUACUUUAGAUGUUUUUUCAGAGAGCAGCCCAGGAGGCAGAAAUGUCACCUUGACUUGUGUGCUUAAGUGCUCCAAAGAAUGUGGAAAAGACUUAAAUUUAACCUGGUCUGGGAACGUUUCAAAUAGCUUGCAGAGUGGCUUCAUGGACACCAAAAAUAACACUUUAAUAAAAAGGAUAGAUGUACCAUUCUUGUCCAUGGCAUCAGAUGAAUUAACUUGCUCUGUGUAUAGAGAGGGUGAAUUGAUGGCUUCAAAGAGGUGGCACACUGUGAACUCUCUGUCAACAGCUGCAUGGUUAAUCCUUCCUAUCGGCCUGUUGGGGCUCAUAAGUGCAGGAGUUCUCUACGUGUACGUGAAGAGGAAGCACAACAAGGAUGCAGAGAAUGAACUGACAAGUAUUGGAAUGACUCAUGUGUAUGAGGACAUCGAAGACGAUAGUAAUGAGGAACAACCCCCGAAACGACGACCAAAAAGAGAAGCAGCAACCACUACUGACAGUUUCUAUGAUUUAUUGCAGGCUGUUAACUAACAAAAGUGAUUGAUUUUACAUCGAUAUGAUCUGUUUUUAUGGAAAGAUUUACUUGUAGCAUACAGAAAAAGCAGACUAGUGCUUAUGUAUCCUUAAUCACAAUCAUUUAUCAUUCUCAACGAUAUGGUUUAAAC